AUAAUCGAAACUGCAGCUAGUACAGUUGUUGUGGUGAUGUAAUGUUACCCUUUUGGUGACUACUACGGAUGGCUGUGUGUGCCAGGCUCUGCGGAGUGGGUCAGUCGCGGAGGUGCAGGCGGCGACAGCGGCAUAAUCAACAGGACCAGGGAAGCGACUCCGACAUGGACGAUGAGGAAGGGGUGCGGAUUGUGGGCAAGACACAAGCCGUCACUGGCGGCCCUGAAAACCCCUCGGCCGCGGCAGGGCCGAGUGUGGCCCAUGAAGCCACUGCUGAAUGUGGUCGUGCAAAUGUCAGACUUUCGUAUGGGCAAAGUGCAAGCACCGGACCACCGAACCCGCAGUCCCUGUUGGAUUUGCCCCCAGAGCUUUUGGUGGGAAUAUUCUCCUCGCUGCCGGGCACAGAGCUUCCAAACCUUGCGCUCGUCUGCAAGACAUUCAGGCAAAUCCUCAACACGGAAACCAUCUGGAGAAGGCGAUGCACGGAGGAGUUUGGCAUGAGGGAAGACCUGCGCAAGAUAGAAGUGGCGGGUGUGUCCAGUCGGGAGCUCUAUGCCAAAUUGCUGCACCCAUACAGACACAUCCUGGGUCUUUGGCAGCCUGACAUAGGGCCGUACGGAGGGCUGCUCAACGUGGUGGUUGAUGGGCUAUUCAUCCUUGGCUGGAUGUAUCUGCCCCCCCACGACCCUCGGGUCGAGGAUCCCAUGAGGCGGCGGCCACUCUUCCGCAUCCACAUGUUGGAGAGCAACAAGGCAGCAGUGGAGUGUAUGUAUGGACACAAGGGCCCUCACAAGGGGGACGUCCAAACUGGGAAGAAGGACGAGUUCUCGACCAAAUGCAACCAGACAGACCAUCACCGCAUGCCAGGGGGGAGGCAGGAGGAGUUCCGGACGUGGCUUGAGGAGGAGUGGGGGAGGACACUGGAGGACAUCUUCCAUGAGCACAUGCAGGAGCUCAUACUCAUGAAGUUCAUCUACACAAGCCAAUACGAAUCUGGUCAAUAUUUCACAUAUUUUCCGACAAAUCCGAGGUCCGUGGCCACCGAGCGUGAUCCAACCCGGGAUCCGAGGGUCAACUGCAGAAUUUUGGAUCCGACCUGUUCAUAUAUCUGUAACUGCCUGACGUACCGGCGGAUCUACCUCCCUCCACGACUGCCCUCUGAUCUGUUGCAGCCGGGCCUGUUCAAAGGCACAUACGGCAGCCACGGCCUGGAGAUCAUCAUGCUCAGCUUCCAUGGGCCUCGCGCCAGGGCCACCAAGCUCACCGGGGACCCCAACGUUCCAGCAGGCCAGCUAACGCUCGAUGUGGACCUGAAUCGGCCUGUGCACCUUCCGGACCUGGAGCACCAGCGCAGCGUGGAGGAGCUGUCUCGCCUGGUGCUGGGGGUGCAUGAGGAGGCGCAGCAGGAGGCGCAGAGCCCAGAUGUGGCCCCCCAGGGGGUUGCUGCUGGAGAGGGGGCUGUGGCCCCCCAGGGGGCUGCUGCUGCAAAGGGGGCUGUGGAUGGUGGCGGGGCAGAGGGUCUGGAGUUGGCUAUGGAAGCCCAAUCAGAGAGCCCCCAGCCUGGGCCCAGUAGCAGCAGCAGCAGUGCUACCUCGGAGGCCCAGCCCUUUGUCCUGCCUCUGGGGGUCAUGGCCCGCAACGAGGUGUACCCCCGUACCUGCAAGAUGUGUUUCUACGGGACAGGCCUGAUUGCCGGCCACGGCUUCACGAGCCCGGAGCGCACGCCUGGCCUCUUUAUCCUGUUUGACGAGGACCGCUUCGGCUUCAUCUGGUUGGAGCUCAAGUCGUUCAGCCUAUACAGCCGCCUGACCGACCAGCUGGCCCACGCCUAUGCCCCCAACAUGGAGCGGUUUGAGGCUAUGCUGCGCAACAUGCAGUCCUGGACAUCCUGAUGGGGCAGACCCACACGUCUCAUACAAACACGUUUACUUAGGCCCAUACACACACCCCGAUGUGUUGACUGCACCUGGAAUACCUCUAGGCCCCUAGUUUGUAAACUAAAAGUAAUGCCCAUAGUUUUUUCCUGAUUAGGUCAUGUGGUUAGGAAAAACUCUGGGCCCUAAUUAUCACUUAUGUAUGUAUAUUUUCCCUCUAUAGACCCCGAAAACACAACAUGAUAUUUACCCUCACCUAUCCCUGUAGAAUCACUACUGUAUGCACACACAGCUUUACAACCCAACCACCUCGACACCAUCCCACACAUUUCUGGGCCUGGACAGAAACAACCUUUAGCCCCCCUACCCCCUAGGCACCUAAAAGUCCACCUAGCCUAUCGGAGGGAAAUGUGGAGAUAGUACCAUAUCGCUUAUUAUCUACUCGUCUCUCCCUGUCCAAUGUUUCCCCUCUGCUUACCUCCACGUGACCUCAGUAUCUCUACUGCUGAGGCAUGUCCACAGGUCAUAUGAUAUGACACUAAGGCUGUGUUUACACAGGCAGCCCUAUUCUGAUAUUUUUUCCACUAAUUAGUCUUUUGACCAAUUUGAUCUUUUCACAUCAGAUCUUUUUCACAGCUGAUCUGACUGGUCAAAAUACCAAUUAGUAGCUGCCUGUGUAAACCCAGCCAAAGGCUUUCUCAAAAGCUUCUUAUUUAUUUUUAAACCAAAGAAGAGGAUUUGAUGACGUUUCAUCCCACAAACUCUGGAACAAAGUAUCCGUGCCUCUGACUGCAUUUUUAGCCAAAUUCUUUUGCUUUUUUCCCCUCAUUGAUCUUUGGACAACUCAGAUCAGCUUUGAAAAAGAUCUGAUGUGAUUGGUCAAAUAACCAAUUAUUGAAAACAAAUCAGAAUUGGGCUCCCUGUGUAAAUGCAGCCCAUGAGUUCUAACUAUAUACCAUGUCUGCAUUGCCUAGGGAUUUCCUAUUCAUUCUACUAAAGCUAUUAUUGUGUAACUAUUUGAAUGCCUCAUGUUUGGAUGCAUGCAGCAUUUAAUUUGUUUAAUGCCACCUAUCUCUAAUUAUCUUAUUCACAAUCCGAUUAAACACUUUUGGUUUGCUGUAUAUUGCUUAUAGUUUGGUGCACAGAUGGCAUUAUGGAAUUGGAAAAGACUGCAUCUCAGGCACUUUCACUCUUUUUGUCACUCGGUCAAGGAAAAUAUACUGUAACUAUGUUAAUAUUACACAAUUGGGCAUGUGCAUAUCAGAAAUUAUUACUUUUUAUUUGCAAAAUACUUCUGAUGGAUUGUAUGUAGUAAAAUGGAAAUGUUGAAUGAAUGGAGAUUUGAAAAUUGCGUGUUUGGUACAAGCUUAUGCUGUACUGUAGCUGUAUCAGCCAUUCUUAGUUGGACUGAUAGCAUUGUCCUUUGGAUGCUUUUAAUAAUAGGGUGUUAUAAAGAUAUUGCAACAUCCUCUUUAAUAAUGACCGUUUGCAAAACAUUGCACAACACAAAAUGUAAUUCAAGGUACUCUCAUACUUUACAUUAUUUACAUUGUGAAAAAUGUGUGUUUGUCUCGCAUUAGUCAACAGUGGUGCCCAGGGGGUCUCCUAUUGCAAGUUAACUUUUCUAGGCAGGUCAGUGGAUGGUUGUCUCUCAACUCUCUACUCCUCUAUGGGUCCCUUUCCUUGACUCCUUUCCUUCAUGACCACAAAUGGACCAGGAGGGUUUUUCCACCAUAUGGCUUUCACCAGUCUUGUCCUGUCACCUGACAUGUCAGUGAUCAUGGAGGGCAGGACAUAAGGAAAAGAAGCUAGUGGGCAGUAUUGAGACUCCCUAUCUCAUGGGAGGCUUCAUUCAAAGCAGUACUUUUGUAUUAGACUACAGCUUUACUAACAUUAGCAAAAAACUAACUCUAUAGAGAGUAAAUAUGUAAUAUAUAUUAAUGAAAGGAAACUAUUUAAUAAGUGUUUUGAUGUUUUUAUUUUUGGGACAACUGUAGACAUUUUUUAAUCAUUGCUUGUUGAUUUGUGUUUUGUAAGCAAGCACAUCGCUCAUCUGUUUGUAAGUAAUGCUUCUGUACACCGCUGUUUAAAUGAAUCACAUUUGUAAAUUGAGUCUUGCGCUUUGUAAAUUGCCAAUCCCAGUGGCACGACUGGAAACUGUUUGACCUGUUGAACUGCUCUUAAUCUGAUUUCAGGGAGCUUUGCAGCCUACGGCUCUUUCUCUUCUCAAUAAAAAAAAAAAAGAAACAACA